AUGCCACCACGACUGUCCCGUGGAGGUGGAUCAGCCCAAAAGGCCAUGCAGCAGCAACAACAACAGCCUCAACCUCAGGGCCCACCGCCAUCCGCUCAACCCAUGCCAGGCCUUCCAACUCACCUUCAUUAUUUCCACCAUCACCACCAUAGUAACUAUAGCAACAAUGUCAAUUAUGGAGGCAACAUAUACGGUAACCAGCCGCUCAUGCCUCCCACACCACAGCCACAACAGGGGGAUUGGGGCAAUAAUAAUCCUGGUAUCGUUUAUAGUCCUAACUUUAGCAAUACCAGUCUUAACAAUAACAUGUAUGGGCAUGGUGAUACCGUACAACAGGCUCUUCCACCAACUGUGUCCCAGCCUCAGGGAAUGUACGACAUGGAUUAUGGAAUGCACCCCUCCCCGUAUCCACAGCAGCCACAGCAAACUGGUGGGGGGGGCUCUAACCGUCGGUUGCAUACACCUGCUUCAGGCAUGCAAAACCACCCACCGCCACACCAGCCGUCCUACUACAACAAUAUGAAUCAAGGGACUCACUCUCCUAUUGCGGGAGGGGGCUAUCGGGGUUCUAUGCCGCCACCUCACAUAGAUCCGUCACCCAACUUUUCCGCAGGAGGCCCACCGCCACCGAUGCGCCCUGACGGCACCUACGGCAACGGGACAUUGAGCCCACCACCGCCCAACAGUACCUACCACAUUCCGCCGCAGUCUCUUAGCCCCAAUAACAACUACGUCCAACCUGUACUGCAGCAGCCACAGCCACAACCACCACAGCAGCAGCGCGGAAACUUGGUACCACCUCCAGGGAAUGGGGCGAUUAUGGGGUACCCCAAUACCAACGGCGGCAUGGCUCCUCCAAUGCGCUACAACCCUGGUGUGUUUCCGGGCCAGCAGCAGGGUCAAGGAGGUCCAGGCUUGAUGGGGGCCAUGGGUCCAACGGGAGGGAAGCGCAUGGACUGGAGUCAUACAGGCACCCCCGCCCCCGGCCCCGGUCUCGGCCCUUCGUACGGUUCGGGUGGUGUGGGUGUUGGUACGGGCUUACCUGUACCUCGAGGUCGCGAGCGCGCGGGUACCCCAGCGAUAAAAAAUGAACCGCCUCAACAGGGAGUUGUACCUAUGUUGGGGGCGGGAAAUCAACAGCCUACAUACACGCCUCAGGCUACCAUGCCGCCCAUACCAUCUGUGGGGAUGGCGCCGAGCGAUAGGCCUUCAAAUUCUGUUUAUCCUGUCCUAUUGAUGGAGGAGCAACCCGAGACGCGUGAGUCGCUCUACGAUUUCCUAAAAGAGCGUCUAUUACUUAAGGCGUGCCCUAUGAAAGAAUUUUUCUCGACAAGCAUAAACAAAAAGGAUGAUGAGCCUCUUCUCGUCGCGAUGGAUGGGAACUACAUGGUGACCCAGCUUCGAGCCCAACUAUGUAAUCGUGACCCCUUGUGGUUUAUUUACUCUUCACUACCGGAUUUGUUGAUAAAGCUGGUCGAAGAACACGUAAUUGGUAUGCGUGAGAAGAAUCUCGAACCGAUUUGGAUCUUUAAUGGUAUCACCACUAGUGCUGAUAUAACGUCACUUCUGCCAUCCAGUCAGGAACUAACUUCACGAGAUAGGGUGUGGCGCAAGCUAACGGAUGGAAUCUUGCCUUCCACUGACGAGAUCACUGAAGCAUUUGACACCAGCUCUUCCAUUGGGGAGGACGUCCUUAUGGCCAUUCAGCGCUUUUUGCGCCAAAAAUUAAAUGUUCUGACUCUGACCUCACCCUUCCUAAACUGGUGUCAGAUGGUCACAUUUCACAAGGAGGGUGACGCUCAUUUUCUUAUGGGGCCGCCUGAGAUGCUAAUGCUCCCUUACGAGCCUAUGCGGCUCAUAGUGGAUAUCGAUUUGAAGAAUGAGCAGGUGGCCUAUUUUAACCGCGAUGAGGUCCUUCGGAAGCUUUUCCCGAAACAUAUUGGCCGCGAUAAUAUCACCGCAUCUGCUGGAGACCGACUAUUGGACUUUGGGCUGCUAAUCGCUACGCAUCCGAUUUUUGCUACAACCCGAGUCAUUCUAUCCCUCUCCAACAACGAGGUCUACGAGGAAUUGUCCUCUGCCUCACCGCGCUUUUCAACCCUGCGUGAAUUCAUUAAUGCAUAUGCCAAAAAGAUUAACGGUGGUACUGAAAGAACGCGUGUAGGAUCGGAACAAAUAAGGCACGCAAAAGGCCGUAGCUACAUACAAUACAGCUCUGUUUUUUCGAAAAGCUUUCCUGGUUCACCGUUAGUUUACUUUAAGCGUGUGCUCGGCACAAGUUUAACUAACGCGAACAUGCCUAACAACCUUUCCGGUGUAUUUGGGAACUUUUUACCUCUCUCACUCUUCUACUUCCAGUAUAUUGGUCUGCUUUCUGUCAGUCUUAUGACUAUCAUUGCUCAGUCAUACUUCCGUGAUGAAUUCCCAGUUAGCGAUACGUUGGACUACCAUAGACACCUCCCAUUACUCAUCGGCCUGCGUGGACAGACCCUUUCUCAGUUGGUUAACAAGUUGAAUCCCAAUUGCCAGAAACGUUUGGAAAAGAUCUCCUGGGUGCGAUGGUUUACCAACCUUCUUCUGGUAGUAGCGCGUCCAACCGAGACGAUUUUACUUGAGGAGUGGAACUUGCAAAACGUUCAAGUUAUCAACGAAGCCGAUGACAAAACCUUUGAUGAUAUUGAUAUUCGCACAAUUUUAUCCCUGAGCAAUAUAUCAUGCAUACCGCCGCCGAUGGAAUCUGGUCGGCAGGCCCCAGUGCUAUAUUGCGGCCCGAGGCAGACUUUUAUUGCUAUCAUGCUUAAAGUUUUUGAUUUUCUUGGAUACUUUUCGCAUUUAUCUUCUCAAGUGACCGGUGAUGAGAAUGGGGGGAGUUUGGCGAACGGGAGCAUGCCUCGUGGUAUGAUCCAGUCCGUGCAGCCGGUCGCGUCGGAUUCCGACAACCGGCACAUCUCCAUGCACUCCAAUAAUAUUGCAAUAGAUAAAGGUGGGAUCGGGGUCGCUCCUAUUCAAGAGGAAUUUGGAGAGGAGCACUUUUUCACUAAUUUUUUGAUCGCCUCUAUGCGGGCCUGUCCCCCGGAGUUCCAGAGCGCCUUUGUGCGUUUCACAGAGCUGCUGCGCGUUAAUAUUCUCAAUUGCACUCCUUGCCGCUACGUUAGUUUUAACAACGACGACAAGGCCGAAGGGCAGGAGGAGGCCGAGGACGCGGGGGAGGUACUGCUGGCCUCCCGUAUCGCCUGCCUGAUCUCCAUACCCUAUCUCGAUGACUCCCCGGAUGGCAACUUUGAGUGGGCGCCGGUCUACAGCCGCCAUAUUUGCGCGUUAUCCGUGAUGGUGCGUGCGAUGAAUCGGGAUUUGCGGGAGCUGAUGGAGGUGAUCACCGCCUCUGUCUUUCUUUCCGGCUGCAGUGAUUGCCAUAUCAGCGAGUACGAUCGAUUUAUCCCACUCCUGCCCUUUGGCGAUGUCCCGUCGUCCAUUGGGGGGCUUUUGCUCCAUUACGUCCUCGUCUUUCCGGCAGAUUACGAAAGCAAUUGCAAUACCCCUAAAGAACGCUGCGAUCACCUCCAAAGCAAGUUCAAGGCGAUCCCAGAUGUCGCUACGCAGCUGCGGAAGGUGAUGAAUUUCACUUUUCACGCUCUUUUCUUGCUUAUCGCGUACCGUUUUCACGAUUCAUCAAUCGUGACGGUGCAGGCUUUAUUGAAUACCACGGUCGUCGAGGAUACAUUGAACCUUCUCUAUGAGAAGUGGGUGCUACAUCUGGAUGGUCCACCCCCGACGGAUAUUCACAAUCUUUGGAGGCCUGAAAGACAGGUCCAUGGUUCUGGAGUAGCUGAAGGAAUGACCUAUUAA